AGAAGAAAAAAAAAAAAAAACUACAAGUCCCUUGGACUCUCAAAGGCAUUGCCAAACAAAGUUUUUAGGUACCAUGGCAUUGCCUUUGCGAGCCCUCUUGUCAUCAUUGCUGCCGCUGCUUUUGCUCCUGCUGUCUCAUGAUGUCCAUGCCAAUGGAUGGACAGGGAAUGCACGUCAUGCAUUGCUUUCCAAGCACCAUAGACCAAAGUUCAAGCCUGGCCCUUGGCAUAAUGCUCAUGCCACCUUUUAUGGAGGAGCCGAUGCCUCACAAACAAUGGGGGGAGCUUGUGGCUAUGGAGACCUGCAUAAGCAAGGGUAUGGGGUUCAAACCGCAGCGUUGAGCACGGUUCUCUUCAAUGGUGGGCAGGCAUGUGGGGCCUGUUUCGAAAUCAAAUGUGUGGAUGAUCCACAGGGGUGCAAGCGAGGGCAGGCAUCACUCAUGGUUACAGCCACCAACCUGUGCCCUCCAAGUAGCAAUGGAGGAUGGUGUAAUCCACCUCGUGAACACUUUGAUCUCUCCCAGCCUGCAUUUCUUCAGAUUGCCGAGUACAAGGCUGGCAUUGUUCCAGUUCAGUAUCGCAGGGUCCCAUGCAAGAAGAAAGGAGGGAUUCGAUUCACAAUAUCUGGGAAUCCUUACUUCAACCUUGUGUUUAUAUGGAAUGUUGGAGGAGCUGGAGAUAUCACGAGUGUGCAGGUGAAGGGCGAUCGCAAACUGAAAUGGACAACACUCAAGCGUAAUUGGGGUCAGAACUGGGAGACUGACGCCAUGUUGGUUGGGGAAUCACUCACCUUCCGAGUCAGAGCAAGUGAUGGUAGAUACUCUACCUCCUGGCAUAUCGCCCCAAAGAACUGGCAGUUCGGCCAGACCUUUGAAGGCAAGAACUUCAAGUAGAGACCUUUCCAUCUUAAUAUCCUUCCUGUUCUGCCAGGCACAAAGGAUCUCUUAUGUUUGCUGGACCAUGCAUAUCAUGCGUUUUCAGUAAAAAAAUUUAAGAUAGCAGUCCAGGCACCUUAGAGGAUAGACACAUUGACCCAAUUCUGAGCUAGUCUCGGAAACGCUGUGUUGUUGGCUUGUUGCUUUUAAGGGUCUGUUCGGGCAACCAAAGUAAUGGAUUUGUUAUCAAAUUCUCAAGUUCAAAUU